AUCGGGAUCGUCCAACCUGUCUGUACACACCGAUGCUAUCCAGAUUGUGUUAACAUUGAUGACAUUUCUUGUUUCGACGGUCGCGGUCGGAUUGGAAAUAUCACAACGUGUCGUGUCAUCUGCUAAUAUUAAUAAUUCCCGCGUAAAAUAACGUGUAUUUGUUUUCCCUGUCGUAAUUAUCGACAUUAUUUAAUGUGUGUCCUUUGCGUGUCCGUGACAGCCGACAACUGAAAGCGGAUUUUUGGAAAUCGUUCACCAGUGGCGUGUACAGGAGGAUUUGCAUCUCUUUCAACAUCCAACAAGGAUCGACAUCAUCACUUUCACGUCGAUCGGAAAGGCAGCAAAUCCGAGUUUCCAAUACAGCAAUGACUGAAAUAAAUGAAGAAGAUUUUAAAGAAUUGAAAAGUCGUUUACAACUUAUAUUUGAUGCUGAUCCAGAUCAGUUUCAUUCCGAUUCAUCUCUUAAAAGAUUUCUCAGAGCGUUUAUUACCGUAGACUCAGCAUUUACGUCUGUUCUUAAAUGCAAUAAAUGGAGACGUGAAUUUGGAGUAGAAAGCCUAACAUCUGAUAAUGAAGAAAUACAGACCCAACUUGCCACUGGUGUGGGAAAAAUUUUACCACACCGGGAUAUCGAAGGAAGGCCUAUUGUUUUAAUUACUGGUAAAUUACACAAUGCAUAUGAAAGAGACGUGGAUGUGCUAACAAGAUUUACUGUUUACCUAUUGGAAACAGCAUCAAAAAAAUGUAACGAGGACGUGAUAGAUAAUUUAUGCGUAAUAUUUGAUUUGAGAGACUUUGGUAUGGCUAAUAUGGACUAUCAGUUCGUGAAGAAUCUUAUAUGGCUAUUAACAAAGUACUAUCCGGAACGCCUCGGUGUUUGUCUUAUUAUUAAUGCACCUGUUAUGUUUUGGGGAUGUUGGCAAGUCAUACGACCAUGGUUACAUGACUUCACAGCAAGUAAAGUGGUAUUCAUUAAUGGAGCAGAACAUCUAUCACAAUUUCUCUGUCCUGAUAUUUUACCUAAAGAUGUUAUCGUCUCAACAGUUGCAAACAAUGAGGAGCAACAACAAUAGCUUAGUGUGUUAGGGAUUCAUCCAUUUCAUUGGUGUUUCUUACUGUGUAACCAGCC